UGCUUUUCCGGCACUCACAUUCAAAGAAUGAUAUAUGAUGCGCGAGUCCGUGCUACUGUUGCAUUUCCUCUUAUUGGGUGCUACCGAUCUCUGGACGGCUGAAGCUGCUAUCGCAACUAGCGACACCGUUAUCUCGUCACGGCGGAUCGACACGGCGGUUGCCGCCGAAUCGGCAUUGAUUGAUAAGGAAACCGGCCGAAUUUAUUGGGAAGGAGGUUCGCAGACGACUUUGUCGGCAACAUUGGGGCCAACGUUAGCUCAGUUUGGAAUCCAACACGUAAAGGCGACUCUAUUGUCGUUACUGCUGGUUUUUGCCGUCGUGGGCGUUCUCUUAGGUUGGCUGCGACACAAAGUAGAAACGUCACUAUUGUUCCAAUCCGAUCAUCGGAGAGUUUACAUUUCGAUAGUUUAUCAUCUGCUACAAUGGACGAUAUUGAGAACGCCACGGCUGCCCCCAAAACUGGUUACGGCGAUUGUGUUACUGUACUUCCUGGAAGCCUUCCAAUGCAGCACUCGGACGUACUUGGCUAACGCAAUUUGCAGUCCCGAAGAAGUUGAGCGCUACAUCGAAAAUCUAAGGAGUCAGGAUCCCAAAAUUCAAUGGACCGUUCGGUCUUUUCACUAUGAGCCCUUCUAUACGGCGCUGUUACGAAUAUUUCAGCGGCAACGUAAAUCUACGAGCGAAAUCGAUUGUGAUGCUACUGAAGGCACUACUUGUUUUUCAAAAUUUACAGGCCCAAAUACUGACACAGAUGAAAAUAUUCGGGAAUCAAGGAGAAAAGGGCCGACUUUGGAUUCCAAUCACUGGUGGGUGCGCAAACUCAUUACUCAUAACGCCACUGGCACAUAUAAUUACCAGCAAGUGACAGAUCUCACGACAGCCGGAGUUUGGCGACGUGCUCCGGCCUCUCCCAUUGCGCCAUUCUCCAAAUUAAUCCUGAGCAAGCAUGUUGUCCUAUUGGACGGCAAGACAAGGGGCGAUUAUCUUUCCCAGCAAGCCGACUUUGCUACAAAGCACGGCCAAGAGGACCGGAUGGCGGAAUACGCCACCAACCUUGCCGUCGAAGGCUUUCAAUCCCGUGUCCUGGCCGUGAGAGCGAACAGCAACGAUUUGACAGGGGAAGGUUGCUGGUGGACUACCCGCUUUUUUCAGUCUCACAUGUUUUGGCUGGCUACGGCCUUCGGGCUCACAGUCCCGUAUCGGUAUUGGUUUGCGCGACAUUGCGACGAAAUUCGUAUCCGCGUUGUUAAAGAGAUAUCAGCCGCUCCAGUUCCAGCACCAUCCUGGUCUUGGUUUGGACCAUCGAAGAACAACGUGGCUGAUAGCAAGACUUGUCGAACGUCAAAAAUGGGCAACGGAGAUAGUGACGAAAACUACCGUUCACUCAUGCAGACACUGAGGUUGUACGGCACAACCAGCGUUAAAGACAUGAAGCCGUCUUCAACAACCAAACUAGUAGAACCAACAAAAAUCUCGGGAGAGAAUAACAAUGUGACUGUUGCUGAGCUGCAGCGCGAAGUGGAUGAUGCCAAAGAAGCUGCUUCGCUGUUUUCCGAUUUGUUGGCGUCUGACACGGAAACAGCUUCGGAGGCACUACACGAAGAGGCUGCUCCACCGGGGGGCACAAAAGACAAUUCUGUCUCUGAAAAAGAUGCUAGCUCUAUCACUUUGGCAGAGGACCUGUCGGCUAGGUUUGCAGGCGCCUUUACUCCGCUCCAACCAUUCAACUAUGGAUCAUCCACGUCGGUGGUUAAGAGCCGUCGUUCGGCCUUGAGCGCGAUGCCCGAUGGUGGUGUCGUGAUUACUGGCGCCGCGGGCGGGGUCGGCUUUGCGUACGCUGGGGAAUUCAUGCAGCGAGGCUACGAUGUUGUAAUUUGUGACGUACGGGAUUGUUCGUCGGCCGCCAAGGCCCUGGAAUCACGACACCCCGAAGGAGGAAAAAUACAUCACGUUAAAUGUGAUGUGUCUUCCCAAAAAGACGUCCUAAACUUGGGAAAAUUUGCCAAGGAAAAGCUCGGAACAAUCGGAUAUUGGAUCAACAAUGCGGGCAUAAAUGGUGGACGACGGGAUUUACGGGAAGUGUCGAUGGACCAAGUAGAGAUGGUUGUCCGGGUGAACCUAGUCGGUGUGCUACUUUGUACUAAAAUAGCAAUGGAAAUUAUGGGCGAACAGGAAGAAGUGGUCGGGCACAUUUUCAAUACAGUCGGAUCAGGGGUCAAAGGUGGCGGUACACCAGGGUACGCCUGUUAUGGUGCCACCAAACGUGGUUUGCCACAAUUGACUGCCACACUCGUCAAAGAACUCGAUGAAGGAGUACAGGGUUACGAAAAGAAAAAGACCAAGGGAACAAUUCAGGUUCACUCGCUAUCGCCUGGUAUGGUUUUUACUAAAUUACUGCUGGACGACUCAACUCCCGAACUACGCAAGUUCCCCUUUGGAGUUCUGGCCGCCCAACCCGAAGAAGUGGCAGCAGAUUUAGUACCCAAAAUUUUGGCCCAAAAGAGCAACGGUGGGUCGGUCGAGUUUUUGACGACUGAUCGUAUCCUGAAUAAGUUCUUUGAAAGAUUCAUUUUACAAAAGAAGUCCGCUUACAUUGAUGAUGACGGUAACGUCAUCAAAAUGCCGGGCGAACAGUACGACGAAACCGGUGCACGAGCAUUAUACUAA